GAUACGAAUUAGCCGCUGAUGAGAGUAGUGAAUGGUAUCCCAACGACGACGGAGCCACUUCCUGCUUCUACGGAAGCCUGCGAGGGAUAAAACCACUGCCAUUGUUGUAGCGAAGUCCGUGCAUGUGCUGUUUGGUAAAUGUCAACAAAGACUGAUACUUCAGUUGUUUGCUGGCACACAUUUGUGCUAGCGGCAAAACACUACAACGAAUAUGCAAACAAAAAAAAGCGGUGGAACCUCAAGUUGCUGGGCGUGCCCGCCAGGCAGCGGGGCCGUGGUGCUCGUGCACUCUCGGCUGCGCGUUCCCGACACCACAUCGGUGUUUGCACUUUGCCCGUCCCGUCGAGUGAUCCCGGGCAUCCCCGCAACAUGACCAUCAACACCCUGGCUAAAGGAGGCUGGCACCGGGAGCAAAUGACAUGCUUCCGAAAGAUGGAGAGAGUGAUCGUGGCCAUGCAGGACCCUGACAUGGGCAUGAAGAUGAGAAACCAGAGGCUCCUCAUCACUGUCAUCCCGCACGCCAUGACAGGCCGCGACAUCAUCGACUGGUUGAUCCAGAAAUACAAUAUCUCUGAGGAGGAGGCGCUGCAUAUCGGCAGCAUGCUGGUGAAAUACGGGUACAUAUACCCCCUCAAGGAGCCAAGAUCUCUUGUGCUGCGGCCCGAUGAGUCACCCUACCGCUUCCAGACUCCUUACUUCUGGACCAGCACCCGGUGGCCUGCCUCAGAGCUGGACUAUGCAAUCUAUCUGGCCAAGAAGAACAUAAGAAAACAAGGAGAACUCAUGGAAUAUGAAAAGGAGAGGUACAGUGUGUUGCACAAGAGAAUCAACCACACCUGGGACUUUGUGGUCAUGCAAGCCAGAGAGCAACUCAGAGCAUCCAAACAGAGGAGGAAGGCUGACCGCAUUGUCUUAGAGUGUCAGGAGCAGGCUUACUGGCUCAUCAACAGACCCCCGCCUGGGGUGCAUAAUGUGUUGGACAUGGGUCUAGAGAGACCAAACAACUUCAGUGCACGAGUUACACUGAACAGUGACUACUACAAAAAUGAGAUUGAAACCAGCAAAAGGGCCCUUGGAAGAAACCGUGUAAAGUCAUCCAUCUGUCUAGAAGGUUUUGUGAAAUACAGCGAGCAGUACCUGAACCACGAUCCCAUCAUGCAAGGCUGCCUCCCCAGUAACCCCUGGAUCUCCGAUGACACCGCACACUGGACAAUAAACACAGACGUGGUGCCGACACCGACGCGUCUCCGUGUGGAACGUUGGAGCUUCAGCUUCAUGGAGCUCCUCGAUGACCCCAUGGGGAGGCGGGAGUUCAUGACCUACCUGGAGAAAGAGUUUAGUGCGGAGAACCUGUGUUUCUGGCAGGCCUGUGAGGAUGUUCGACACGGAGAGAGUUCCAGGAUCAUAGAGAAGGUGGAGGAUAUUUACAAAAACUUCCUGGCUCCUGGAGCAGCACGCUGGGUCAACAUCGACAGCAAGACGAUGGAUAAAACCCUCGAGGGGAUCAGACACCCGCAUCGUUUUGUCAUGGACGACGCACAAAUGCACAUCUACUUUCUCAUGAAGAAGGACUCUUACCCGAGAUAUCUCAAGUCUGACCUAUACAAGAACAUGCUGGCCAAGGCUAUUGUCCCCCAGGAGACAAAGAAAAGCGUGUUCCCCUUCAUGAGACGCCAGCGGCACUCCAGCCCCUCCCCUGCUCAGGCUGCCACCCAGGCGGAGGACGGACAGGCCAAGGGGGCCGGGCAAGCAGGUACCAACUCUGCAGGCGGCUCCAAUGCCUGACGCCCGGGCCGAAAAAAAAAAACAAUGUCACUGCUCAAUCACCUCCAUUGUCUCUGUUGAUCACCAUAGUAACCACCCAAGGAGCGCUCCUCUGCUUUUUCAUUUUUCUUUCAACUCGAACUGUCUGCGUGUACCUCGCCACAGCUAGGAUUUUGACGUUACAGCGUCCUCUCGGAGCUUCACUUCUUAUUCCCAAAGCACAAGCAGUAAACAGCAGAGGGGGAAAAAGAAAAAUGAGCUUUUAGUGCUACUGUCACAGCAUUUACUGCUGCAUAGUAAUGCUGCCCCCCGCAUCCCGUCUCAGUCCAAAAAGUCUGUCCUUUAGUUCUUUCUAUCGAUUCCUGACGCCAAGUCACCCAGUUCUCCCUUUAGGGCUUUUCUAUAGAAUCUCUCUCACCCAGGUUUACGCAGGUGUGUAGAGCAGUAGAGAUGUAAAACCUGUUACUCCAGUCCAAACAUUUGCCUCCGCAUGUCUGUGAUUAUCGUGCAGUUUGCUUAUUUUUGCUCAUUCCACGCGGCAGCUCCACGUCGUGACGGUUGUUGCUGUUCAUUUUUGCUCGAGCAUGUUUUCAUCCCAAUAAAAUGU